AGCUGCCCGCUCCCUCCUCCCACACCCCCGCUACCUGCCCAGUCCCCGAAGCGAAGCGUGAGGAGGCUGCGAGCCAGUCGGGCGAGCCCACAACUUUGCAGCCUCGGGGAAGAUCAGGGUUGCGUCUGGGGCUCCUCCUGUCGCGACUGGAGCUGGGAAUGUAAUCGAGGAUGCUGGCCUUGCGGCUGCUCAACGUGGUGGCCCCCGCCUACUUUCUUUGCAUUUCCCUGGUGACCUUCGUACUGCAGCUCUUCCUCUUCCUGCCCAGCAUGCGUGAGGACCCCACAGCCACCCCGCUCUUCUCGCCUGCCGUGCUUCACGGGGCGCUCUUCCUGUUCCUCUCAGCCAAUGCCCUGGGCAAUUACAUCCUGGUCGUCCAGAACUCCCCAGACGACCUGGGUGCCUGCCAGGGAACCUCGUCCCAGAGACCUCAGCGCCCACCACCCAGCACCCACUUCUGCCGAGUGUGCGCCCGAGUCACGCUGAGGCACGACCAUCACUGUUUCUUCACCGGCAACUGCAUCGGCAGCAGGAACAUGCGCAACUUCAUCCUGUUCUGCCUCUACACCUCACUGGCCUGCCUUUACUCCAUGGUGGCCGGAGUGGCCUAUAUCUCAGCUGUCCUUUCCAUCUCCUUCGCCCACCCCCUGGCCUUCCUCACGCUCCUGCCCACUUCAAUCAGCCAGUUCUUCUCCGGAGCUGUCCUCGGUUCUGACAUGUUCGUCAUCCUCAUGCUCUACCUCUGGUUUGCUGUCGGCCUGGCCUGCGCCGGUUUCUGCUGCCACCAACUGCUGUUGAUCCUCCGGGGGCAAACCCGCUACCAGGUUCGAAAGGGGGUGGCUGUGAGAGCCCGGCCUUGGCGCAAGAACUUACAGGAGGUCUUCGGAAAGAGGUGGCUGCUUGGCUUGCUGGUUCCCAUGUUCAAUGUCGGCACUGAGAGCUCAAAGCAGCAGGACAAAUAGCUGGCAAGCACUCCAGCCAUUUCUGUGUCUCAGUUUCUCCUGAACGUAAGCCCACAGCACCCUUGUCUCCACCUGUGACACACCACACCCUCGCCUAGGAAGGGCCUCAUAUCCACCCCAGGUCUUAGUCCUCAGAGGAUAUAUUAACAGGUGCAUCCUGAUAUGGAAGGGAAAUGACUACCUGGGCACCACUAGGCUGCUCAAGGGCCAGCCAGGAAGGGAGCUGCUAAACUGUUAAGGUGUUUCUACUUCAAGUUUUUUCUUUUCUGGGAAGCCCUUCCCUGCCUCCUGCCUGGCCCAUCCACUCUUAUGUCUCAGGUCAUUGCUGCUUUUGCUAAAGCCCUUCUCCUUGUGUUGAUAGUGGAGACUACGUUCUUGCAGCUGGCAGGAGAUUCCACAGAACCUAAAGGCUGGUAAAUGGUAGUUGCCAUGCAUGAGAGGCAGUCGAGUAAGCUUUGCCAACUGCUGGUGAGAAUAGGAAGAGGUGGGGAUCCACCCUCAUUCCUGUGAGGGGUAGUCAGUAGUAUUUGUGUUGGAGAGGGGAGGAGCAUAGGCACUUGCUGCUCAGCCCAAAUGCAAGGCCCUUUCCCCAGAGACAGCAAUCAAUGGCCUGGUGUUCUUAAAUGCUGUUCUUUGCUCAACCUGAGCCCAUCUAACCUGGCCAGCCCAGCCCAGGAGUUAGCUGGAUAGUUCUUUUCUCUGGAAUUCCUCUGGCCUUUCCCUUUAAUCUCUAGUCUCAAGAUUUUUUGCUAGAUAUUAUGAAGGGAAGAAGGGAGAGAGAAGAGGGAAUUACUUACCCAUAAGUAAUAAGAGGAGUGUGUUUCUUAUAUAGCCUUAUAUAAUUGUGUGUGUGUGUGUGUGUGUGUGUGUGUGUGUGUGUGUAAGAGGGGGUGGAGGUGAGGAGUGUUGUUAUGAUCAUGGAGAGAGAGUGAGUAUUGGAGGGGAAGGAGGGAGGGGCAAAUGGGUUAACUCUUUUGUAACCAAAGCCAGCCAGUGUUUAAAUGUUACCUGGAGGGGUUGGGGAUUUAGCUCAGUGGUAGAACGCUUGCCUAGCAAGCACAAGGCCCUGGGUUCGGUCCUCAGCUCUGAAAAAAACAAAUAAAACAAAUAAAUGUUAUCUGGAGUGAGUGCUGGCCACUGGAGGUAUUUUGACAGGAUUUAGCCAGUUAUCUACCAGAAGAGAUUUUUUUUUGGUAGUAGUUUGUUCUAGAUGAAUUUAGAGAUCCUUUUCCACUCCUUGCUUCCAAUGUCUUCUUUGAGCCCAGGGACAAGAUCUUUAGAAACAAGAUCUUAGGCUGGAGAGAUGGCUCAGCGGUUAAGAGCACUGACUGCUCUUCUAGAGGUCCUGAGUUCAAUCCUCAAUAACCACAUGGUGGCUCACAACCAUCUGUAGUGGGAUCUGAUGCCCUCUUCUGGUGUGUCUGAAGAGAGUAAUGUGUAUCCACAUACAUAAAAUAAAUAAACCUUUAGAUGAAAAAGAAAGAAACAAGAUCUUUAGAGAAAAGAUCUUUUACCUGCUUUCAUGGGGCAGGAGGUAUGGUAACCAUGGAAAGAGUCUAAAAAUCAUAAGACUGGCUUUCUGCACACAACCCAGCCAUCCGGGAGACUUCUUCAUGUUAGCAGUAGUUGAGAGGGGCCCGCAGUGGAGGACAGGGAGGUAUAACUCUGUUAGAACCAGGUUGGUGCAGUUAGCUGUAGGGAGAGAAAAGCCUGGAGGUCACACUGAGCCCUGAAGAGUUUGUGGGAGUGACAGAAUAUUAGGUGCAAUUGCCAGUCCAUUCCUGCCAGUCUGGCUAGCUCUAGAUAGGGAUGCUGCCUUGUAUCCAGAGACCCAGAGGACCAGACAGACCCCUGGGGCAUAUGAAGGAGUGGGAGCCACAUAAAAACCUUCUCCUGACUUGGUCCCAGGGCCAAUCCACACAGGCACUGAGGCUGAAGCCUAUGCUCUGCAGUGUCCAGUGGGUGGCCACGGUGACCCCAGCCUCUGCCCAAGAAGAUCAUGAGUUGUUGAAUGGAACAGAUUAGAGGGUGGGGAUAUUACUCAGGCCUGACUUUGACACCCUCCAGAGGGCACCAUUGGGCUUUUCUGCUCACACUUCUCCCUUGAGCAGUUAUUGUUUUUGGCCUUCUUUUGUUCGUACUCUAUCUGCUCAUCCUAGCUAUGUGUACCAAGCACCAACCGUGGGCUGCAUCUCAGUCAUUGGCAAUCCAGAUGCCCACCAUCGGAGGCAGAUGACUCCUACCAUGGCGCUCUGCUUCCUUGGCAGUCACUGUAGCUGACCCCUUGGAGAAGAAUGAUGUGGCAGGGGGCAAAAGGGGAGCCCCCUUCAGUGGAAGAGUCAUUUGAGGUAUCUCCCUUCACAGUUCUGGGCACCCUUUAGCAGCACGAAGAAACAAUGGAAGGGCAAUGUCUGGACAGUUCAGGCCCUGGACCUCUCUUGACCCUAGAGUUCAAACUUGAAAACCAGUCCUACGUUGUCCAGGCUCAGUACCACGGAGCCUGACAUCCUAGAGGGAAAAGGGAGUACCUCUGGUGGCCAGCUCUUUAAAUGUUGGGCAGGGACGAGUGGCUGUGGGGAGAUUGCCAGAUGUGGUACUGGAGUAGCAUUUGAACACAUGGCCCUCUGUUCUUAAUGAAGAAUAACAAUAAAACAUGUGGUUUUCAAACUGUA